AUGAAGUCAGCCAUUGUUGAGAGAGAACUUGGCAACGUAGAGGAGGAGAGGAGAUUGCUUGACGAAGUCUUGAAGCAGUUUCCAACAUUCUUCAAGCUUUGGUUGAUGCUUGGACAGCUCGAGGAACAGUUUAAUAAUCUGGAGCAGGCCAGGAAAGCUUAUGACUAUGGUCUGAAACACUGUCUUGGCUGCAUACCAUUGUGGAUGUCAUACGCCAAUCUUGAAGAGAGAGUAAAUGUGCUACACAAAGCUCGAGAUAUUCUCAACACGGCGAGGAAGAAGAAUCCUCAUGUGGCUGAGCUGUGGUUGGCUGCUAUUCGUGUUGAACUUAGGCAUGACAACAAGAGAGAAGCAGAGAAUUCGAUGUCCAAGGCUCUUCAAGAAUGUCCCAACAGUGGCAUCCUCUUGGCUGCGGACAUUGAGAUGGCGACACGUCCUCACCGGAAAACAAAGAGUAUAAAUGGUAUGAAGAAGUGUUGUCGUGACCCGCAUGUCACUGCAGCUAUCGCCAAGCUCUUCUGGCAAGAAAAGAAGGUGGAAAAAGCUAGAGCGUGGUUAAAACGGGCUGUGGCCCUGAACCAAGACAUUGGCGAUCACUGGGCGUUGUAUUACAAAUUUGAACUUCAACAUGGCACUGAAGAGAGCCAGAAGGAGGUCCUUGCCAAAUGUGUAGGUUAUGAGCCGAAGCAUGGUGAGAAGUGGCAAGCUGUCUCCAAAGCGUUGGAGAAUGCACACCGGCCUACCGAGGCCAUAUUGAAUAAAGUCGUGAUUGCAUUGAGCAAGGAAGAGAAAGCUAAAUGA